AAGUGAGUACCGGGCGUGAGAACCUGAGCCCGCUUACCACUCUGAGGCUCCGGCCGUGACCAACUGACUGGGACAUUAAUAUGUAGCCUACUUUAAAUGUAUCUCUCGUAUAUUUGAAGGGCUUGUUUCUUUUAACGGUGUUCAGAAAGUGCCGCUAACCACCGAGUCGGGAGGGAAUCUCGUGCAAUUAACGGGCUCGUGCCAACUUUGUGGAAAUAUGUAACUGUAACGAAAUUAGGAUGUAAAAUGGAGCAGUCGGCUACCCUCGACGUAGAGACUCUCAAGAUUACCCAGGAGCAGUUUAUUCUCGCAUCGCAGUCUGUGCACCUGCAGAGACCGGCCGCUGAUGCAGUUCACCCAGUGGGUCUGUACGGCUGGAGAAAGCGAUGCCUCUACUUCUUCCUGCUGUUGCUACUGGUCACCAUGAUUGUUAACUUGGCUCUCACCGUCUGGAUCAUCAAGGUCAUGAAUUUUUCAGUGGAUGGAAUGGGAAACCUCCGGCUGAACCAGGAUGGGAUUCACCUGGAGGGAGUCAGCGAGUUUCUGUUGCCUCUCUACGUGAAUGAAAUCCAAUCCAGAGGGGACAACGUGUUGGUGUUGCAUUCCGAAAAGAAUGUAACGCUGAAUGCCAGGAACAGUCAAGGACAGCUGACUGGUCAGCUCACAGUGGGACCUGAUGCUGUGGAGGCUCAGUGUCAGAGGCUGGAGGUGCGGAGUGGAGACAGAAGCAGACUCCUGUUCACGGCAGAUGAAGAGGAAGUCACAAUGACAGCAGAGAAAUUUGCAGUCACAGGCUCAGAGGGGGCUGUGUUCGAACACUCUGUAGAGACUCCUCUGAUCCAGGCGGGGGCCUCUGAGGACCUGAGGCUGGAGUCUCCGACGCGAACCCUGACCAUGGAGGCUCCCCGGGGGGUGGAGCUGAGCGCCGCCAAGGGGACGCUGAGGGUCAGCAGCAGGAAGGACCUCCAGAUGGAGUCCACAGAGGGAGAGAUACUGCUGGAUGCAGACAGCAUUCAGCUCGGAAGCCUCCCCCUCGGCACCUACUCGGCAGCCCCCGCCCAGGCCUCCCGGGGCCAGGCCGUCUACGAGGUGUGCGUCUGCCCCAGCGGCAAGCUCUACCUCUCCCCUGCCGAGAGCAGCUCCUCCUGCCAGCUCAUGAGCAACAUCUGCCUGUGGAGCUGACCUGGAAAGUGGACGGAAAGUGGAAGGGACCGCUUUUAAAGACGCAGAGCUUCCAGCCUGAGCUGUCGGCGUUCCCACGGCGACAGGCUGAUGGGGGCCACGACUCCCCCGCCAGCGUCUGCCCACCUAGUCCCAGCCGCCCCCCGGAAUCAGGAACACCCACAAAAAGGAUUUCCACGGCUUUGUCAGAGUGACAGGACACGGCGUUCUUUUUCUACGCGAGCUGCUGUUCUCAGAGACUGUCUGGCAGCGGCUCAAACUCAGGUGCCUUCAGCUGUGAAUGGCUGCCCAGUCAGACAUCCGCUGUACCGGGAGGAAGGGAAGUAAGCACAACACAAAGCCCGGUUCCGUGUUUCAUCUGUGAUAGCUGU